AUGGAACAAAAACUGAAAGAAAUAUCGCACUUUGAGGCAAAAAUUCAUAAUGAGCUUUUAUUGAAUUUAAAGUGGCAGAAAUGAACAAGCCAUGAAUGAAGGGCAGCAGAAAAGAGACACAAAUAUACCUGACUAAGAUAAAUCAGCCAAUAAUUAAAUAAUAGCUUAUAAAAAUUAAUAAAAGGAAUUUUGUUUAAAUCAACCAUAAAAUUUUGAAUUUUAAUAUUUAUAUAAUAUAAUAAAGAAUAAUUUACGAAGGUGAAUUUAAAAAAAUCCUAAACUGAUCAUUAGAUAAAAAAGAACCAGCUAAUUUUAUCAUUGAGGACAUAGAAGUCAAAAAAGACUGCAAAGAUUUCAAUGAAAAAGUUGAAAAAAUUAGCAAUGAUUUUGAGCGCUUUAUCCAGCAAAUUAGCUUUGAAAAAAGAUUUUUAUACAGAUUGGAAUCUAACAUACAUGGGACUCAGUUUCUGGUGUAUGAUAUAGUAGAAAACCAGACAGUGGAAAAGUAUAUGAUCAAUAAAAAUAUCUGAUAGAGAAUUGUCUUGUUUUAUCUAAAACAUUUGGCCUCUUCUGGAGGAAAUAACUUUUUAAAAGAAUUGGGAAUAAUUUAUUAAUAAUUAAAGCUAAAGUAUAUUGAAAGCAAAAUUUUAUUAGAUAACGGCACAUUGGCUGUAAGGCUUCCUAAUUAUGAACUUUUUUGCAUUGGUAAUUGGCCAUAUGCAUUUACAUUUAUUAGGCUUAUUAAGAAGCCUGUGUGUUCCUGAAAGACUAUCUCCACCCUAAUGCUUUCCAGCUGCUCGCUACGAUAUCACGAAUGCUGUUCUAGCCGGACGAGAGCCCUCACAUGCUACCCAAUAGCUGGAUGAGUUACACCGCUAUGAAGUGCAGCUAACCACCAUGGAAAAUUUAAAAGAAUUGAAUUUUUUUGGUCGAUCUCAGCUAAACUGAAGCUCAAAUCCCAGGACGUAACCCUAGUUCCACAGUAGGAAAUAGUCCCGAUUGGUCAGGAUAGCACCAUAUUGGGCUAAAGCCUGCCUUCGGCUAAUCAGACAUUGCGCUUUCGCCGAACCAAGAAAAACCUUUCCGGAUACACCAUCAUCCCUUCCUCAAGGUCCCUGACUGCCUUGAAGGAUGUCAACUACAAUAUCUAAGCAGGUUGAUUCGUCACGCUGUUUUAAUGCAUACAAUUGCCAUAUGGAUAUAAGCCUCAAGAAAUUUCAGGGACUUCAUGCAUCAUCGAUCUUACCAAUUUUACCAUAAAAAAAGUCCUAAGUCCUGGACCUCGUAUCAGAUACUCAGGAGGAGCCUAUUUAAAUCACGCGGUUUACACCUUUGGAGGCUAUGAUGGCCAUCACCUAAAAAGUACUGCCAAAAGAUACGAUUUAACCAAAAAUAGAUGAUUUAAUAUUCCUGAUCUGCCAAAGGCAAGUGAUUACUGCUCAUGUGUGGUUUUUAAAGGGAAAAUUCUCCUUUCAGGAGUCAGCCAUAAAAUUGUAUACAAAUUUGAUACAGAAAUUGAGAGCUAUUCUGAAAUUCGUGUAAAGCCUUUGGAAUGGAGAAAAGAAAAAAAUCUGUUUAUAGGAAACUCAAGGGUGUAUAUAAUUCAGUGGCCUCCUGCUGUUUUUGAAAGUAACACUGAUGAUGAAUAUAAUUGGAGUUAUAUUGGAAAAGUAGCAGUACAGCCUUAUAUUUUUGAUGAGAAAGAAACUAAUAAAAAUGAUAUGCUAGAUUCAGUUUUUAUUGAUUUCAAAACCAAUAAAAUCAAUUAUUUUUUGAGAUUUGAUUUUAAGAGCAAGGUAAUAGAAGAAAUACAAGUAAAUAGUAUAAAUAACUUACUCCCCCACUCCGUUAGUGAACAAAACUAUUAGAAAAUCCCUAUUUUUCGCCCAAAAGCCCACCCUCCGUGAGCGAACAAAAAUUUUUUUAAUAGAACAAUUUUUUAUGAAAAAAAGAUAUAUAUAUAAGUGAUAAUUCUAUAGUGAAAUCUAUAGUUAAUUCUGUUUAAUUUUAAACAAAUUGCGUUUUAAAAUAUAAAUUUACAAAUUAAAUUAUUAAUAUUUGCUUUCCAAUUUUUGAGAAUGAUUUUUUUUUAAAAUUUCGAAAAAAAAAUUUCUAAUAAAUUUAUAUAGUUAGUGACACUGACUAUAUAUUUUUUUAAAAAAAAUUAGUCCCCCUUCGUGAGCGAGAUUGUUUUGCUUGCUCACGGAGGGGGGGUGAGUUAUAG